AUGAAUUAAAUUUAAUUCUUAUUUUUUAUUUAUAUUAAUAUUUUUUUUUCCUGUCUGUGUAUUUAUUUAAUUAUUGUUAUUGUUAUUGUUAUUGUUAUUGUUAUUGUUAUUGUUAUUGUUAUUGUUAUUGUUAUUGUUAUUGUUAUUGUUAUUGUUAUUGUUAUUGUUAUUGUUAUUGUUAUUGUUAUUGUUAUUGUUAUUGUUAUUGUUAUUGUUAUUGUUAUUGUUAUUGUUAUUGUUAUUGUUAUUGUUAUUGUUAUUGUUAUUGUUAUUGUUAUUGUUAUUGUUAUUGUUAUUGUUAUUGUUAUUGUUAUUGUUAUUGUUAUUGUUAUUGUUAUUGUUAUUGUUAUUGUUAUUGUUAUUGUUAUUGUUAUUGUUAUUGUUAUUGUUAUUGUUAUUGUUAUUGUUAUUGUUAUUGUUAUUGUUAUUGUUAUUGUUAUUGUUAUUGUUAUUGUUAUUGUUAUUGUUAUUGUUAUUUUUAUUAAUAAUAUUUGA